AUGCAAGUGGAACUGAAUUGGAAACUUUUAUUCAAAUAUGGUAUGAUAUAUCGUGAAGUGAUGUAUUUGUCAAGAAUUGAUUUUUGUCAAGCUUUUAACUUUGGAUCAACCAAUAAGUUGGUAAAUCAAAUAUUUUCAAUGAUGAAGGACAGUAAUCCCAACAUAUUUAAACUUCGUUGUCCUGGUCCGCUGAACAUAACUAAUCUUUACAUAAAAACUGGAACGAUGUUGUCGAUAUUUCCUACUGGUGACUAUAAGACUUCCUUUGAAUGGGAAUUGGAAAAUAAAACUUUUACCGGCUCUUUCGAGAUUAUUUUCAGUAUAAAUUCACCCAUCAAAGAUACUUUUGGAUAA